CUCGUGCUCAUACUUGUACACUGUAGUGUACUCCGUACAAAAUAACAAUAACAAAAUCUCACAAGACGACAUGUCACAUUUACUUUGUACAUAGAACUAACUUAGUAAUACAAAGACACUGCUCUAAGCCGGUUGUGUGAGAAAAAGUUUGAGAAAAUUUUUUUUUUUUAAAAAUACAUCUAAAAUAAAACAAAUGAAUUCGUUAUUUUUUUUUAAAACACAAAGUGACUCACAAGUGAAAAAGUAAAUAAACAAACAAACAAAAUAAGAAAUGUAAAGAAACUAUUGUUAAAUUAACAUUAAUCAACUGAAAAAUACAAUUUGCCGGAUUGUCUAAAAUUAAAAUUAGAUAUUCUAUGGCCAUUACAAUUAGACAACAACAUUUUACAAUGUCCUAAAAAAUAAAUAUACAUCUGUAUAAAUCUGCUUGGAAUUGUGUACAAGGAAUUUUUAUUUCAACCAAUAUUUAUCUAUAAAAGAAGAAAAAAAGAAAUACUACUAUAUAAUAAAUGAACAACCAACAAAUUUUAAUUGUUUAUAUGGAAAAGGAAUUUUUGUCUACACGUCGAAGAAAGAAAAUUUUAUAUACUUAAAAUACAAAAUGGUUAAAAGUUGCUGAAUUAAACAAAUAAGUUAUAAGAAAAUCAAAAGAAGAGAAACUACAAAAAGUGGAAAUCUUAAAAACUAAUACUAAGAAUUUUUCUAAUUGUCUACAUCUAAACCGUAUAAAAAAAAACUACAUUAAUUAAAGAAUUUACCUAAGAAACUGUAAAACCUACAUCACCUACAAAACAAACGAUUCAAAUUUCCAUCAAAAAUAAUUGAGUAUGACACCAAGUUCAGAUAGGAAUCUUGAAUAACUCUACAUGAUGCAAACUUUUACAUUAUUUACAUGUACGUUCUCAUGUAUUUAAUAAUACCAAGCACUUAAUUGUGAAUUCUUAUGAUUAAAGAAUAAUGAAAUAAUAAUAAUACAAUAAAAAUAAAAUCCCCCAGUUGGAAACAUUAACAUUUUAAAUUAUCUACAAGAUUUAUACAUACAUUGUCUACCUAAAGUCUAUAACUAUAUUAUAGCUAGUAUCGUAAUACAUACAUAAGAUUUCUUAUUUUUUUACUACAAUAAUUUACAACAUCGAAAUUUACAUUAUUUUUGGAAACUAUAGUUUGUCUACAUUACACAGGCUGCAUUAAAAAUACUCAAACUCAAACUUCUAGCUCUUCACAACACAACGCAACUUGGGAAUAAUUCAUUGAAACAAAACCCCAACUCUAACUUACACCAUCGAAAUCAUCCACAAAUUUAACAAAAAAAAAAGAAGAAAUUCUCAAUUCUCUACAUGAAUUUUACAUUGUCUACCUAAAAUCUACAAUUAACUUUACUGCUAAUAAAAGAAUUUCAAACACAUAGGAAUUGUUUCGUUUUUUUUUUGUAACAUUUUCCAUGAAAUAUACCUUAAAAAUACACAACAACAGCAAAAAAUAUACACAGAAGAAAAUGUUUAAAAUACGCCAACGUAGCUGUCUUUUAUUAACGUUAGUCAUUAUAUUGCUGCCAUGUAUUAUUGUCCUAAUGAUAAUGGGUCCAGAACUAUCCACCGAACAAUCGUUAUCACAACGUUUGGGUGAAUGCCAUAUGCGUCUUCAGUACUUGGAGUCAAUGUACCGUACACGCCAGGAAGAUGUGGCCUUGCUUUCACAAUAUGUUGCACAAUUACAAAACGUUACGGCAGCGACAGCGGUGACCUCAAUGCCAGCCAACAUUGAUAAGAACAACUCAACGUUUUACAAUACAGCCUCUGCCUCUGCGUCAGCGGCAUCUUCAUCACUGUUGGAUGGCCUGUCUGCUGAGGCUAGACAAAUUUUACGCAAUGCCUCACAAUUGCAUACAUCACAGCAAAUGCAUUUGACCUCAUCGGCCAAUGUACGUCUACCCACAGCUUAUCAUUUCCUGCCACAUCUCUUAGAUGAUCCCAAUUCGUUGAAGCCCGCUUUGUUGAGAUCACACGGUCGCUCUGAUGUCAGCAUUGUAUUGGGCAUACCAACGGUGGUGCGUGAAAAGCAGUCAUAUCUUUUGGGCACUCUACACAAUCUCAUCGAGAAUAUGAAUGAUGAGGAACAGAACGAAACAUUGAUAAUUGUUUUUAUAGGCGAAACUGAUUUGGAGACGGUGCAGGUGAUAGCGAAAAAAGUGGAGACUGCAUUUGAGCCGUAUCUCGAAAAUGGUUUAAUAGAGAUAAUAGCACCGGCACCAUCCUACUAUCCGAAUUUGGAUAAGUUGCGUAUAACAUUGAAUGAUUCGUUGGAGCGGGUGAAAUGGAGAAGUAAACAGAAUUUGGAUUUUGCCUACUUAAUGGCCUACGCCCAGUCCAAAGGCACCUUCUAUGUCCAACUCGAAGAUGAUAUCCUAGCCAAACGUCAUUUUAUAACGGCUAUGAAAAAAUUUGCCAUUACCAAAAGUGCUUUGACAAAACCCGACCAGCCGCCAUGGUUUCUACUGGACUUCUGUCAAUUGGGUUUCAUAGGUAAAAUGUUCAAGUCCGCCGAACUCCCCUAUCUCAUAACAUUUUUCCAAAUGUUCUACAACGAAAAACCGGUCGACUGGCUGUUGGGCUACUUCAUUGAAUCCAAGGUCUGCCGCACCGAUCAAGAUCAAAAACACUGCAAUCAAGAGCGCGCCAAAUAUUGGCUGCACUAUCGUCCAUCGCUGUUUCAACACAUCGGCACUAGUUCGUCGCUUAAGGGCAAAGUUCAAAAGCUGAAAGAUAAACAAUUUGGUUCUAAAGUUCCCACCUUCUAUGCUCAUCCCCAUAAUCCACCAGCCCUAGUUAAAUCGAAUAUAGCCGCUUAUAAGAAUUAUCAACUGAAGAGAGCGUACAAGGGAGAAACCUAUUUUUGGGGCCUAUUGCCACAACCGGGAGAUUUUGUACAGUUUAUAUUUGAAAAGCCCACUGUACUUAAGCAUUAUCUAUUUCGCAGUGGCAAUUCAGAACAUCCCUCGGAUCGUUUCUACAACACCACUAUUGAGGUAUUACCCGCCGACACUUUGAGUGAAAGUUCACCGGUGUGGAGUUUUUACAAUUCCACCACCGAUGGUUAUCUGAUAGUGGGUAAUUUCGAUACCAUGGGUGUGGCAGAGGGUACAGUAGAUGCGAAAAUCGGUGCUAUUAAGGAGAUACGUUUGCAUGUGCAUGGUGAUAGUGAAAAUUGGGCAUUAUUAAGUGAAAUUGAUUUACAGGUUGACGCAAAAAGAUGAUGGGAAUAGAGAGCGUUGUAGGGGAAUAGUUCUUAUACAAAAAUAGAAAAGAAAAUGAAAAACACUCCUCAAAAACAAAUUUAAGCUGUGUACUAACUACUCAUAUAGUUAUCUCCAUGACCUAUUAUUACCAAAAAAUUUUUUAAAUAGAAAAAGUAAACAUUCUUCAGUAUAUGUAUUUGAAUGUGUUUUGGUUUUUUCUAAUGGGUUUUCUAAGUGUUUUUUUAUAUAUAUAUAAAUGUAUUUCUAACACAUGCAACUAAAACUGCUCUCUUGUAAAAUGUGUGUAAAAUGUUGUGACAUUUGGUUAUUUUUUUUCUAAUGUAAAAAA